UUGCAAAAGAGACGUGGCGUUGCAACGGGGUUCCCCGCCUAGCAGCGCAGAAACAAGCGCUCGUUCUCGCGAAGGUAAACUUCUGUGGCGCCUCUUGUGUGCUGCUCUCCGCUCCUUCGUCCAAAUCCCCCUCCGCAGCAUCACCCGGAAAAGUUCACUGUCUUCACGUUCGUGCAUGUAGAACGUAGAACGCGACACCGAUCCGGCGCGGCAUCAACUCAUGCGCCCGCUCGGUGCGUCGUCGGAACCGCCCCUGGUCGCCAGCGAUCGCGUGCCACGUGGCUCAUCCAUGCAUGAUAUCAACCAUCGCCACACGGUGAAUUCCGAUGGAUGUUCAUCAUGCCGGAGUGCUGUCGUCGCCGUCCCUCACGCGUGUCGCCGGUUCGACACGUACCAUCGGGCGGAUGCAUCACAGCCACACACACACCCCGCCGACGACGAGGUCGAUCUCUCUUUCGUUGCCGUGCACGCCACCACCCGUCGUCGUCACUUCGACAGGCGGCACCUCCCGUCGCGGUCGUGUGUGUAUAUGCAAUAAAAAAACAUUCGAAUUUCCCCCAAGAGCCCUUAUGGGAGUUUCACCACGUUGUCGGCCAGUGAACGUUCGGACGACGCGAUGCCGCUUGCGAAGCAGCGGGAGGCGCUCAAGCAAGCGGCUCGGAUCCUUCGUGGCACCCACGCGGCGACGAACAUGCCACCGCUGGACGUGCACAAUGGCAAAUCGACCGACGAGGACGAUGCCGAGUCCCCGAUUGUCGGUGCCGUCACACUCUUGCGCAAACUCCACCAGCAGUGCGUCGACCACGACCGGAAAGAAACGAUCAUUGCACUGCACGACGUCGAGGUCCUUCUCCAUGCACUUGAUGAGCUCGUCGACCCUGACACACCUGUGUACGCGCGUGAGGCGGAACGAUCCCUCCACCGCACGUUCUCGUCGAAUCGCAAUGUGUUUGACGAUAAAGUCCAAGGCUUCAUCAACCAAAACUACUCGAGCAAGAACGAGGAUUCGCAUGGCAACUUCCGCGUGGCCUUGCGACGCGCGAGUCUCGUCCAGCGCUGCAUCAAGGCGUUCAAAAGCAGCCCACGGGCGCGAUCUACGUCCUCCGAUCCCGCCUUCACGGCGGUCGAGUCGGCGGGCGAUGCGGAAAUACCAGGAGCAGUACCGCUUGACAGCCCCGACGCGAAACUUCGAGUGCUGGGCGGCCGAGCAAGUGCAUUGAACAUGUUGAUUGGCGUCGACAUGGAAGCCAUGGCGAAGAAGGAGUUGGCAAAGAUUUCGACAUGGACGUUUAACGUGUUGGAGCUGUCAAAGAUGCACAUGGACGACAUUCUGUUGAUCGUGGGGUGUGCUUGUUUCGACGCGGAGAACAUGUGCAGUCACUUUUCCAUUCCCACAACGACGUUGCGAGCGUUUUUUCAAGGCAUCCAGGGCAAGUACCUGGCGAAUCCGUACCAUAAUGCCGAGCACGCCGCGGACGUCAUGCAGAGCGUACAUCACUUUUUGACCCUUGGCGGGUUGGGGACGAUCAUUUCGAAGCGAGGCCGCCUUGCGACUCUGGUGGCGGCGGCCUGCCAUGACGUGGGCCACACGGGCUACUCCAACAAUUUUCACAUCAACACAAACGACCAACUCGCCAUCCGAUACGCGUACCGGUCUCCGUUGGAAAACAUGCACUGCGCCGUCGCGUUUGAGCUGCUGCACAGCGCAGAAUGCGACAUCUUGGCCACCCUCAGUGACGUCGAAGAAAUCGAGGUUCGCAACUUGAUCAUCGACAUGGUGCUCGCCACCGACAACAAGUACCACUCCAUCUACAUGGGCCGGCUCGAUGGCAUCUUGCAAAGUGUUGACGACGAACGCAUUGACUUGAGCAGCCCCGACGACCAGAAGCUCCUGUUGCAGGUGGCCCUUCACGCUGCGGACGUGUCCAACGCGGCCAAGCCGUGGGCGAUUUACGAAACGUGGACAGCGCGCAUCAUGACUGAAUUUUACGCGCAAGGUGACCAGGAGCGUGCAUUGACGUUGCCGAUCAGCUUUGGCUGCGACCGUCAGAACCCGAUUCCCCAGGCCAAGAUGCAAGCGGGGUUCAUCUUGGGGAUUGUCAAGCCCGUGUUCCAGACCCUCAGUCGUGUGCCGAAAGUCGACUUGAAGAAUUGCCUCGACCAGCUCGACCGCAACCUUAAUGUGUGGCAGGACCAGCUCGCCACGACGGCCUAGUUGUGCCGUUGCUCCGUUGUCGCCCUCUGUACCUGUACCAAUAACUAGAGUGUAUAUUAAUCGUCCAUCAC